UCCGCCCAAAACUCCGCGGGAAUUCAGACGCUGCUUGACGCCGAGCGCGAGGCCCAGAAGAUUGUCCAGCAAGACCGCACGAAGCGAGUAAAGGACGCGCGAAGCGAGGCGCAGAAGGAGAUCGAGGACUACAAGAAAGAGAAGGAGGCCGAGUACCAGAAGUUCGAGAAAGAGCACAGCUCCGGCAACAAGAAGGCUGAGGACGACGCAAAGAAGGAUACAGACACGAAGGUCAAGGAGGUCGAGAAUCUAGGCAACAAGUCUGGCAGCAAGGUCGUCGAGCAAUUGAUCGCCGCCGUCACGAACGCCAACACAAAGCCCCCACGCAAGGAGUAG